AUGGCGUUAUUAAGACCAAACGCCAGCCUUUUGGACACAACAACACCAUUCCUUUGUCCGGACAAUUCAACCCCGCCAUGCCAGUGUAAUGAUACGUUCACCAACGUCACGUGCACUGACGUCACUUCAUCCACUUGGGCAGAACCGCCCUACCCUAUGUGGUUGACAAUUCUCCUUGGAGCAAUGGCUGCUGUGGUUGUCUUGGUAACAGUUUUGGGGAAUAUCCUUGUGUUAAUCGCGUUUGCAGUGGAGCGAAGUAUCCGACAACCGACGAACUACUUCAUUGCGUCAUUAGCCGUGUCUGAUCUUCUUAUUGGUACAUUUUCUAUGCCAUGUUUUACUUUAUAUCUCCUGCUUGGAUACUGGCCCCUUGGGGACAUCAUAUGUGACCUCUGGUUGUCCUUGGACUGGACAGUGUGUCUAGCGUCACAAUACACGGUUUUCUUCAUCACUGUGGAUAGGUUUUUCUCUGUAAAAAUUCCUGCCAAAUAUCGGAAUUGGCGAACGGAGAAGAAAGUAAUCAUAAUGAUAGCUUUCACGUGGAUAAUACCGUGUGCAGUGUUUUUCACAUCCAUUAUAGGAUGGCAGUACUUCGUGGGCGAGAGAACGGUCGACAAAUACGAGUGUGAAGUCCAGUUCAUGAGUGAUCCGUUGUUUACGUUUUUGUUGACUAUAGGUUAUUACUGGACAACCCUUUUUGUGAUGAUUGGAUUGUACACUGGAAUAUACCGCGUUGCUCUCAGUCUACAGAAAAAAGCCGAAGCUAAACAUAAGAAGAUGACCACUGCCAUGUCUCACACAGCACACGACAGCAAAAAGAAGGCACGUGCUGUUGACGCAGGCGCUGCUUCACAAAACAGCCGCAAACGAACAGAGAAUAACAACGCGAGACAUUUGAGGGGUGUGGACACUACUAGUUUCACUAAACCUCCAGAGGAGGACAGGUCAAGUUCCCCAGCGUUUGCCUCAGACGAAGACAAUAGUAGCAGUCAGGAAGGAGCUUGUGGCUCCAGUAAAACUCCCCUUACGGGAAAACACGCAGAUGAUGAUGAUGAUGAUCAAACUUGUUUCGUCAACAGUGCUGUUCAGACGGACACAACGUAUCGUCCUUCACUUAAAGGCAUGCUGGGAGUUUCCUUUGGUCAUGUGUCAAAAUUAGCCUUUUCCAUUACUGCUUCUAGUGUUACUCUGCCAAACGACCACGGAGAGGCGGAGGAAGAAAUACAUACUCCACUUCCGGACGCUUUACCCCCCGCAUAUGAUACGGUAGUGAUUCCGCCAGAAAACAAUUAUCAGAAAAAAGUAAACAACUCAAACUCAAUUAAUGAGUUAGCUGUUGAUGACGUCAUUAAUGGAUGUAAGUAUAUAGACGAGGAGAGUUUGAAAUCUCUUGCUUCUGCGGAAAACAUCAAACUGUUAUCAGAUCCUGGAACAAACAACGAUUCCUCGGCAGACGAGGGGUCCUCUCCGAUUUGGAAACGUAGGGCAGAUAAGUACAUGCCGAUACCGAUUCCUGCAGUCACCAAUACCUCCAAUAUGGAGGUGAUAGAAGAGGACAGAACCAUAGAUACUGACCUGGAUCACAUCGCAACAAACGCUCUGCCGUCAAACGGCAAGGCCAGUGUGACAGGCAAACCGCACCGGAAACCGUUAGAUUCUGUCCGGUCGAAUGAUACCUCCGCAAGCUCGGAGCGGAGGUUUGGAAGUCCUUUCCAUGCAUUGGUAAAAUCUAUGCGUGAAAAACAAUUAAAGAGACAAAAAGCAGCGAGACAAAGAGAACAGAAAAAAUCCAAAUCAGAAAACCGCGCGCGCAAAGCCUUCCGAACUAUUACCUUUAUUUUAGGUGCGUACGUACUCUGUUGGACUCCAUACCACGUGAUGGUAUUCAUUAUAGGUCUAUGUGGCGGUUAUGACUGUAUAAACAUCAAACUUUACCAGUUUACGUAUUGGCUGUGCUAUCUGAACAGUCCAGUCAAUCCGUUCUGUUACGCCUUAGCCAAUCAGCAGUUUAAGAGGACUUUUCUCCGGAUCAUGCGCUUUGACUUCCAUAGAACGUAA